AUGGGCCCUCACGUUUCGAAUGAGGCGCACGACAUUGCAUUGGAGGGUCAAACGGCCGUAAUGCCUCGAGCAUUACAGCUCUUGGACAUCUUGACUGUUUUGUUCGAUGGCUGUCCCAACGCAACUCUCGCGUCGGCGGCGCGAACUUGCAAAUUGUGGCGGAUCUCGGCUCUGCAACGGUUGUGGCGAGUGCUUGAUACUGCGUUGCCUCUCCUUCGGCUGCUAGGGAAGGUUGACUGGCGGAAUUCCCGUUAUUAUAUAGAUUUUGAGGCACUACCAAGGGUCCAAUUUUAUGCAGGAUUUGUUCAAUAUAUCACCGUCCAUAUUGGAUGCGGGGGAAUUCCUCCCGAUGUAAUCGACGAGUUUGCUUGCGCGACACUGCUUGGGCGUCCGCUUAUUUUUCCGCAUCUCAUUUCUUUGGAUUGCCUCCUCGAUGGACCAGAGGCAAUUCGGAGUGCCUACUUUUGGCUUGCUAUACGCCCUCCGAAGAUAUCGAUCUCUUUCCUUGAUGCUACAAAAGCCGCCUAUCCUUCAGUCAUUCGAUCGCUCUCUCGUCACAGCGUCUCCUUGACAUCCCUCUGUCUGCACAUCGACGGCAAUUCAGAACUUAAUGAAGCCGUCAACGAGUGCUUUGCGAACGCAUUGAAGCCGCUGGCUAACCUUGCUUGCUUGACUGCAGACGGACACAUUCUUUGUACCCCAACCGUCUGGACGUGCAUCGCGCAAUUACCCAACUUGAAAGAAGUCCGCUCACCAUUAUUCCAGGUGGGAUACAGCCCCCAUGCAUUCCAUCCCCCGGCCUGGCAUGGUAUUGGACCCCCCACAUUAGAUACUCCAUUCCCAUCUCUUCGCGCUAUCACGAUGGCAGCCUUGUCUCAGUUAGUAGUCACCGUCCUGGGGUAUUAUCCCUUAGAUGGCGUACGUUCUCUCGAGCUGCUACUGAUUGACUAUAACUACGAUCCACCAACAGAGCAGUCGCUAAUCCAAAUAGUCACAACGUGUAAAUGCUUGCAUCGAUUACACCUCAUCACCCCUCAUCUCAGGCUCCCUUUACUGAAAUUGCCUCUAUCUCCCGAUCUCACUCAUUUGGUGGUCUGCACUGACGGCGUUGCGAUGAUUGACAGUGCAGACUUGGUAUAUAUAUGCUCUAUGAUGCCCAACCUUGAAGUUUUGGAUUUAAUCCCGACAAUGGUCUUUAGAAGUUAUCCUCCGGGCCUAACGCUGGAAGUCAUACGAUCGAUCGCAGAAGUAUGCCCUCGUCUUGAGCGCGCUUCGUUGUAUAUCGAUACGGACAUCUCGGGUAUCCGAUUCUCCUUCGAUGAUCCCCCUUUUCCUUCGAAUCAUCCACUUUCCACUCUAUGCCUCACGUCCUGCCAGGUCCUGAAUUGCAGCGAGGUGGCAAUGUAUUUGUGCACUUUGUUUCAGGACGCUCAACGUACACCGACGAUCAAGGCACCAGAAGUUAGUUUCCGUCAACAGUUCGGAUGGUGGGAUGGGCCAGAUCUCGGUUCCCCUGAGAAGGAAUGGAAGGGUGUUGGGGAAAUUAUGGAUAUGCUUAGAAGACAAGUUAUCCCUUCGUUCCGGAGUCGAUUGGCACAGAAGGAUGCAGAAUUGAAGGCGUUACGGGAGAAACUCCGAUUUCAUACCGUCGGGGAGCGCCUAUUGCAAUAA